ACUGCUAAGUUGCGAUAGUAAUCGAACACUGACAACAACAACAACAGCCUCUUAGUCGAUUUUGUUUCCAUCAACAGUAAAGAUGAGGUUGUCAGCUAGGCUUCUUUUUAAGUAUAAAAGAACGUUUCCACGUCAACCUUAUGUUACAGCAAAGGAAUUGACAGAUAAUUUUCAAGAAGGAGUUGGAUACAUGAGAAACUUCGUACAAAAUGAGCCGGUUUUCUUUGUGGUUCUGGCAUUGGUUUCAGUGUUAACUGGCUAUGCCAUCGUUAACUACCGGAAGGAGCUGAACAGUGAUCCUGACUAUUUAAGGGUCUACCAAAAGAAAUACACAGUGAAAAGAAGUGCUGAUGUGAGUGAUCCUACAAAGGACUGCUUCACUUAAACAAGAACUUGUAUCAUGUGGUGCCCAUCAUAGACGAUUGAAUUGAUAGGGAUUGUUGAAAUUUACCAUUGUUUUCUGCAUUUUGAAAUAUGUUUUGCCAUUAAAGAAGAGUUUGUAUACUGUUAAUAGAGGGAUAUUGAUAAUUAAAUAAUUGAAUAAUAAAUUUAAAACUAGGUAAGGUGAAGUUUGUGGGGUAUUGGUUUGGAAUGGAUGUGCUGUUUUAAAAUAAAUGAAUUGUACAUA